GCGCGGCCGCGGGGAUGGUUGUGCUGAGCGCUCCGCGCUGGCUGCGCAGCCGCCUGACCGACCGCUUCUGGAGGGUGCAGGAGGUGCUCAAGUAUGCGCGGCAUUUCCGUGGGAGGAAGAACCGCUGCUACGCGCUGGCUGUGCGGAGCGUUCGCAGGGCUUUCGUGAAGUCCACCAAGGCCAGGAGGGAGAAGAAGCGGAUCCUCAGGGGGCUCUGGAUCACUCGGAUCGAAGCAGCUUCUCUUGAACAUGGUUUGAAAUACCCAGCUUUCAUAAGCAAUCUGUUCAAGUCCCAGGUGGAGCUGAACAGGAAGAUGCUCGCUGACCUGGCUAUCUAUGAGCCGAAGACAUUCAAGUCCCUGGCUGCCUUGGCUCAGAGGAGGAGGCAGGAGGGCUUCCUGGCUGCCCUGGGCGACGGGAAGGAGCCCGAGGGGAUCUUUUCACGCAUCGUGCACCAUUACUGA